AUGGCCAAGGGGGUGAUUUUACCUUCUCCAUCAGUCAAGGUUGAGGUAUCAGCGCUUCCCACUGGCAAACUCUACUUGCCUGAUCGAUGGCUGUUUGAAGAUGGCAAUAACGAUAUACGGAAAGCACGGCAAUUUUCUCCCGACUUCAGUUUUCUCAUUAGCCACCCAUCCGGCGAGCACAUUCUGUUCGACCUUGGGUUGAGAAAAGCAUUUGUUCCGAAAGAUGCCACCGAUCUUCUCAAUGAAGGCCCAGUAAAAUCAUCUGACAUUUCAACUGUUGUCUUUUCACAUCUUCAUUUCGAUCACACCGGAGAUCCAGCCAAGUUUUCCCAUGCAACUUUUGUAACUGGCCCAGGAUCUUUCGCGGCAACCACUCCAGGAUACCCUAAAGUAGCCAAGUCGCCAUUUCUUUCUGUCGUUAUCGACCACCCGAAGUAUCGAGAGCUGUCAUUUGAGACAGAUCGGUGGGUUCCGGUCGGGCCGUUUGAGCGUGCAUACGAUUACUUUGCGGAUGGCUCAUUCUAUCUUCUUGACACACCUGGUCAUAUGGCCGGCCAUUUAGGUGCAUUGGCACAUACAGGCGAGGAUGAAUGGGUCUUUAUGGGAGGUGAUUGCUGUCAUCAUCGCGCAUUACUGGUAGGAGCGCGCCCAGUCAGUACCACUGUGGGCCCUAACGGGACACCGAGCUUUCAUAAGGAUCCCCAAACUGCAAUCUCUACUAUUCACAAAGUAAAUGUUUUGCAAAGUGGAGGAGAUGUGCUAGCUGCACUGGCCCAUGAUGCGAUCCUAGAAGGGCGGAUGCCUUUAUAUCCAAAGAAGCUUAACGGAUGGAAAGGAUCUCAAUGGAAGCAAAGUAUAGAUGAUAGUGUAAGGGAGAUGUAUGAGUAA